CCUUUUCCCUUGUUGGAUUUGGUCUCGUCCUAGCUCCGCCCCCGUCCCGCCUUCUUUCUCUCUUCCAAAAUGGCUUCAGUGGCGCCUUGCCUGGAGCAGGAGCCUUGGAAUCGGGUGCGGAUCCCUAGCCCGGGAAGUUUGACCACAGUGACCGUAGAAGAUAAAGAUGGAAUGAUUGAUUCAUACAUUAAAGUUGUGAUGAAAAAGGGCCCCAGUGUCAGAAUGUCAUUGAUGAGAAAAGACUUGGAUACAGAAACGAGUGUCUUACAUGCGAUUCUUUACAGUAAUCACAACAAACUGUGUCACCACAAGCCAUAUUUGGCUCUUAAACAGGUAGAACAGUGUCUCAAGCGAAUGAAUUAUGUGAACUUGGAGGGAUCCAUUCAAGAUCUUGUUGAGCUGUGUCCCAAUAGAGAAGAUAAACUUGAAAAUACAACAAAGUACGUCAUUCCCAGCCAACCAGUGGUGGAAUUUAUAUUAAUGAAGAUUUUGGGAACCAGCAAAUUAAUAUUACGUUUAUUAAACUGUUGCUGCAAGACGUUUCUCUUGUCUGUGAAGCAUCUUUGUUUGGAAGAAUUCAUCAUUUUAAACACUGUUAUAACAGGGUUGGUGAGCAGGGUAUGGGUCCUGUAUAAAGAUGCUUUAAAAAAACUUGUCUUUUUUUAUAAACCUUUGUUUCGAUUGCUACAAGAGAUAUCCAAGAUUCAACCGAUGCCUUACUUCAAAAAUUUUAUUUUUCCUUCUGACCUUAUAGAAUUUUUAGGAGAGGACUAUCUUGAUGUCUUUAAGAAAAAGAUAGUAAAUAAAGGAGUAACAAAAUUACUUAACAAACUCUUUCUUGCAAAAGAGAAAUCGAAUAAGCCUAUUGAAGAAAUAGCCUUACAAGUUCUCCCAAAAGCAAAACAAAUGAAGAUAAAGAUAACAGAUAAUGUGGAUAUUGGGAAGGCUGUGCAGAAGAGGAAAAUCUACAGAGAAACAUCAUCAGGAUUUGAUCUGAAGGCUUUUUGCAGACGACCAAAGCACAAAGCUGUCAUGGAUACCAGCUUCAAGUCUGUAUGUUCAGAAGGGAGAAUACGAAAAGCCAUUGGCUCAUCCCAGCCACUGAUAAGAUCUUCUUGUGCUAAAAACCUCGUGCUGAGAAUCCGAGAAGCGCGAUCUUUUACACAACUUUCAGAAGAACUCCAAAUGGCUAUUUUCUGGUGUAGAAGCAGAAAACUGAAGCAUAAAGUCACCUUUCUGCGUAACAAACUUCUAAAAAGUAACCGGCUUAAGCAUGUGGAAGCUCAAGGUUGUAGCUUGCCCAAGAAAUUGAAUUGCAUAAAAACAUCCAUCUGUAACUUUCUUCUCCAUGGCUUGGGUAAGAUGUCUUCAAAGUGUCACCUGAGACGAAUCAGUUCACAAAAUAAAUUUAUGAAGCAACAGAGGAAACCACAGAGAAAGUUACAGCCUGCUGUUCUAAAGGAAAUCCAGCAGUUUCUUCAUCAGACUGAGAAGGUUAUCACAAAGAGAGAUGCUAAAAGAACAUUCUCAGACCUUAAAAUUCGUAGACCUGAAAUGACUUCAAAAAAGAGCCAGCUGUUGGGCAACAGAAAUGCAAAUCUUAUUGAAAAUUGUAGCAUUGCAACAAAGUCACCAACAUUGACUAAAGUAAAGGAAAAUAACACUAUGGCAGAAACUGUCAGAGACAUGGAUGACAUUGAUGAUAUUUUUUCUUCAUUGGGAGUUUAGAAAUACAUAUAUGUGAAGCUGUUAUAAUUUAUUAAAAAAGGAAGCAGCUCAUGAUUGUGGCUGCUAGAUGGGUCUCCAUAUUGUGCCUCUGAGUGGUGGGAGUUCUGCGUUGUACCUAGAAGCAACAAAAGUAUUGGCCUCCAAUUCCUAUGGAAUUACCACCCAAAUCCUGAAUUAACUUUGGAAGGUCUCUGGAUUGGUUUGAGCUGUUUACCAAGAAUUCUAGGUAGAUUAGCUUUGAGGAAAUCUGUGUAUUGGAACAAAUUAGGUACUUUAAAAAAAAAUCUGUCUUGGUCAAGACCCAUAUUCCUUGGCUGGCUCCUAUGGAUCCAGCAUGUAUGCUGUGAAGCUGGAAAAUGGAAGUAUUAUGCAAAAGGUCUCUAUUUGAUUUAUUGGCUUAACUACAAUGACAUUGCCCCUUAUUGUUUUCAUCCAUAGGGCAUCAGAAUUUCUAGUUUUAAGUAAUUAUGUUGUCUAGUUUUUACAUGAUAUAAAUAGACUUGAUCACCAAGAAAAGUUAGUGUUAACACUGGUCUUAUUAUGGGGGUCAAAUUCAGUCAAUUUCCUCUUUUUCCAUUUACUCAAAGGUUAAGUGUUUUGAAAAGUUAAAUUUUUUCAGUAUAUGGAGUUAGUGCAUACUUUUCUUAUAUUUUUACUUAUAUUUCUAUUCUCUUUGAAUAAAAGCUUUUUUUGAGGGGGGGAGGGGUGAAGGCAGGAGAAAUGGAGCAUUUUAUUCCUCUAAAGAUUAUAGGAAAUGUCUGGGCUGUAUUCCUUAUAUGAAUUUUUUGGCUUUAAGAAUUAGGCAAAAGAAUCUCCAGUUCUUUUAGUAGGCUAUAUUUGAUGUUUUAGCUAUGGCUUUUGCCACUGGAUUAUAAUGACUCUGGAAAAGAGGGUUAAGGAUGGGGAUGUCAGGAGGACCUGAGUUCAAAUGUGGCCUCAAACACUUAACACUAAUAGCUAUUGGAUCCUGGAUAAGUCACUUAACCCUAAUUGCCCCAGCAAUAACAAAAAAAUGAGUAAAGCUGACUUGUGUGCAGCUCUGCCUCCCUCCACUCCAGUUCACACACAAGUCAGGACAUCACCUGGUCAUUAGUCCUCUUUGAAAACGUAGGACAAAUGACCAGAAGAUCCAGAGAGAAGGAUUCUGUUUUGUAACUGAGGCAGUCAGGUGGUCCAAUAGACUUGAAGGCACAGAGGCUUGAGUAUGAAUCCUACCUCAAGUCUCUUAACUAGCCAUGUCAGUCUGUGUGCUUGUGUUUCCUUCCUCAUCCUUAGGGUGGGAUUAAUAAUAGCACCCCCUUCCCUGGAUAUUUGAGGAUCAAAUGAAACAAGACAUGAAAAGCACCUCCCAAACUUAAUGUUUAUUUCUGCCUUUUUACCCCCCUUUGCUAUUUCUCAUUAUACUCCAGGGAUUCUUACCCUUCUAUGUGUCAUCCUCCAUUGGGUAAAGUCUACAACCUUCUUCCUUCUCAGAAAAAUGUUUUUAAAUGCUCAGCACAAAAUCCAUAAGAUUACAAAAGAAGCCAACUAUAUUGAAAUAGUUACCAAUAGGAUAAAAAAGUUCACAGAUCUUAGAUUAAGAACUGUUACCAUCCCUUUCACCUCCCCGUUUUUUGUCUCCUUUUUCAUUUACCUGAACCCUGUCUUCAGUCGUUAAAACAUCCAGGCUUUAUCUAUCAGUUCUAUUUUUAAAAAGUGCAAUACCCUACUUAUCUAAUAUUAAUUACUGUGGAUAAAGCCUCUAUUGAGUGAGUCUAGUUAUUUAUGUUUGAGCUUUAAAAUAGGUAGUUUAGGAAUGUGAAAUUCAACUAAAACCAACUUUACUAAUUAAGCAUUAAAGGCACCUAUUUUAAAGUUAAAAUAUAAAAAAUGCUCUUUCUUCUGUGUUAACAAGUCUGGAAUUUAGGAAGCUAAACAGGCAGUUGGACUUCAGCAAUAAUUUCUGCUGUCAUUACCUCUUCCUCCUCGCCUGACUAUACCUACCUUGCAUGCUAACAGCUUCCCUGCCAUUUUAAAGAACCAACCAGCACACAUUGUGGGAGCCACUGCCUGUUUAUGUGGAACAUCAGGAGGGGGAGGAAGGCAGACUCCCUGCAGCUGCAGACAAAACCAUGGUGCCCCCAUUCUUGACAGGGUGACCAAUCUUUUACCACAUCAAGGAAUACAUUUUUGCAUAAGGGACUUUUCUAAAUAAGUGAAGCGUUGGCCUUUUUCCAUUUUUACUCUUUAAUGGGUCUUUCUAAAAUAUACAUACACUUCCCUUUCUUAGUAACAGCAUCCAAAAUGUGACUUAACUUUCUCUUAAGAAUUCAAUCUGUACUAAAUCAGUUACCGUAUUUUCUAAGUAGCUGAUAUAGUGGAGGACUUGAUACUGUGCGUUGCUCUGGAACCUUUUUUUUUUUUAAGCUAGUCAAUGUGUUUUGCUUUUCUUUUCUAAUAAAGGUUAUUUGGCUAUGAACCCGAGCAAUAUAUAUGGUUGCCUUUCUGAAAAAUCACUGACUUAAAGACUAGAAGCAGCCCAUUUGUGUGCAAUUUCUUGUCAUAAAAAAUAAACAUUGAUGACCUUUGUCAGUA